CCUGUAACCGAGUUACCGGGCGAGCGCUUAGCCGUAGUCGUCUUCAAAGCUUCCACUACGCCUCGCCACCAUCUAGAUUCUAGCGAGCUUUCCACAGCACUAGAACAAAUGUUUAUCACCUAGAAAUUCCUAUCCCUUUGUAAAUUACUAUGCCAAAUUGAUGCCAAAACAUCAUUUCUCAACUUCAGCAGCCUGUAAUCUUUGAUUCAAUGUCCUCUACUCCUUGGAGUUUAUUCCUUUUAUCUGUAUCACCAUCACCAUCACCAUCACCAUCAUCAUCUCCUUUCCAAGGAGUCAAUCUCUUUAAUAUGUCUGAAGGAGCUUGGGAGAAGUUUUCUCAGGUUGCUAUGAAGGGUGCUGAACAUGAUUCUCGUGAAUACCAGCCCCAUCCUAAAUGUUUGGAAGGGACCCAAGUAGUCCUUCUCAAUCACAUUUAUGGAUUAUCAGACACCAAAGAGAAGAAUUGA